UGUUACCACCCACUUGAACCGGAACCAUUACACUGGGAACAGUCGCCUCCGUAAGCCUGUAAGCCGAGCCCUACAUUGACAGCUGACGCUGUUAAAAUGUUGCUUGGGCUAUUUUAACAUAGCCCUUCUUAUAUUUUUCGACGGAUAAAAAAUGCUUCUGGUGCGGUUUUUGAUAUUGCUGUGGUAGAAUUUUGACAGCAACGGCGGCUGUUGCGUUAUCGACGCGAGCUGCGUCGGUCGGGUCGGGGGGAAUAUUUGGUUGAUAAUUGGGGUGGGGUGGCCAGUAGCCCCGGCGAUUUAUUUGAUAUGUGUCGGUAAAUGGGUUUAUAUUAGGAUUAUUGCAAAUUAGAACCCAACAAGGGUGCAUAAACUCCGUGAGGUAUUCUUGCGUUUCCUAUUUUAGUGAGUGUAGCGUCGUGAUACGCCCCAGCCUGUCCUCGUGCCAGCUGUAUCGAAAGGCUAGGAGAAAGCUGGAUAUUACACUGCGUAGCGCUACCAUCAACAUUAGCCUCUGCAAGGAAACCUAAUCAUGGGGAAUACGACCUCUUGCUGCGUAUCGUCCAGCCCGAAGAUUCGGAGAAAUGCGCACUCGAGGCUGGAGCCGUACCACCCGGAGCCGGAGCUUCCUCGGGACGACACUGGGGGCAAUCUUCAACACAUCAGCGAUAGGGAGAACAUUGACGAUCCAAACAUGGAGUACAACCCCUCGGACCAUCCACGUGCCAGCACGAUCUUUCUCAGCAAGUCUCAGACAGAUGUUGCUGCCCCCAAUAAGAAAGUACGGGAAAAGCGGAAAAGCCUAUACAUUAACCAUUUAACACACAUCUCGGAGUCCAAGCAUGCGGCUGCCCCCUUGAGACGCAAGUACAGCUCUUGUUCAACCAUUUUCUUGGACGAUAGUACCGUCAGCCAGCCCAACCUCAAAUACACCAUCAAAUGUGUAGCUCUUGCAAUAUACUACCAUAUAAAGAACAGAGAUGUGGAUGGUAGGAUGGUAUUAGAUAUUUUUGAUGAAAAACUCCAUCCUCUUUCAAAAUCGGAGGUGCCGUCAGACUAUGAGAAGCAUGACCCAGAGCAGAAGCAAAUCUACCGGUUUGUGCGGACACUCUUCAGUGCAGCUCAACUCACUGCUGAGUGCGCCAUCGUCACACUGGUCUACCUUGAAAGGCUGCUGACAUAUGCAGAGAUUGACAUAUGUCCUGCUAACUGGAAGAGGAUUGUUUUGGGUGCCAUACUUCUGGCCUCCAAGGUAUGGGAUGACCAGGCAGUCUGGAACGUGGACUAUUGCCAGAUUCUAAAGGACAUCACCGUUGAAGACAUGAAUGAGCUGGAGAGGCAGUUUUUGGAGCUGCUUCAGUUCAACAUCAAUGUGCCGUCAAGUGUCUAUGCCAAGUACUACUUUGACCUGCGCUCACUGUCGGAGGCCAACAACCUAAGCUUCCCUCUGGAGCCCCUUAGCAGAGACAAGGCACAGAAGCUUGAGGCCAUCUCUAGAUUGUGUGAUGACAAAUACAAGGACUUGAGAAAAGGCUCCAAGAAGCGAUCAGUCAGUGCCGAUAACCUAACGGUGGUCAGAUGGUCCCCUGCCAUCAUCUCCUAACAACCAGAGACCUUGGGACAGAUAGCCAGAACAUGUGAGGGGGGCCAGGGGCUACAAGAGGCAUCAGACUCCUCACAGGCACGGGCAGGUCUCUCGUUUAAAGGGAUGCCUCUCCUGCUUAGAUACACCACUCUUGAUCAGAGCCUGUGAGGCUCUCACAGAGUGGGGACUCCUCCCCCCUCUUACUCUAAGGUUUUUCCUACCAUAAGUAUUACAGUUUGUGUCUCACUGUACAUAAGAGAUGGUCCAUCACUUCCCCCCCCCCUCCUCCAUUUGCUUUUUUUUCUGUUCCUCCUCUUUAUCCUCCUCCAUCUGGACAGCAUAAAGUUUGAUUUUGAAGAAGGCAUCCCAAGUUGGGAAGGACAUCACCACUAGUCAGUUGCCACGAAGGUCAAGGUCAAGGACAUUUGAAGAGGACUCGUAAAAAGACCAAUUUUUGCAAAGUCACCCACCAAGUAAUCGGAGCAGCCACCUACCACUAAGAGCACCAUUCCAACAGUGCAGUUCAAUCAUUAACGGCUUCCUGCUGUUGCUUUGAUUUGAUAUUUAAUAGCUACCUAUAAUUUUACAUUCCUUUUGAUUCUAGUGGCUUUUGAGUAACAUUGACUCAGCAUGAGAUGUGCAUCAAAGACAGCCCUCAUGUUUGAAGUCAUUAAGUGUGGACAUAGUGGUCUAUGCUCCUUCCCAGAAUUCCCACCAUUUAGAAGAUCCUUCUUGUUUUAUUUUUCUACGAUUCUAAUCCUAUUCUUGGUCAGAUGUCAGUCAAGGUGCAAAUGUUUCAUCAAGCUUAAAGUAUGCCCCAGAAACCCAACUAAGGUCAGCUGUAUGAGCAGGAGCACGGGACUUUCUCAUCUACACGAGCGUCAACAUUUUGGUGAAGGGACCUAUUCUAGUCUUUGAAUGGCAAAACCACAUGUGAAGCACAGAAAGGCUGAGCGGAAUCAUUCCUCUCCUUCAUACAGAUUGCAGUUGUGUAUGCUGUAGGCUUUUAAGGUGCUUUAUUAGGUCUGCGAGGUUUACUGCUGCAGAUCUUUCCCUAGGCUUGCCCCUCUCUCUGAUCAGUAGUCAUCAGCAUAGUGGUGAGGCCCUGGGAACCAUUUUCAGAAAGAGUCAUCUUUGAAGCAAAGAAGGAUGGAAGUAUGGAAGGUAAAGAAAGUAAAAAGUCACAUUACUAUUGGCAAACACAGAUGCCACCAAGUGGAAAGACCUACACAUAUUAUCAUUGUUCAUUUUGAGAUUACAUUACAUUUUAAGAUAUUUAGAUAUUCUUUCAGUGAAUCUACAUGCAGUGACUUAAACCAAGGCCAUCAGGAAAUGACUUGUACAUUUAGAUUUUUUUUUUCUUUUAAUGUUAAAGAUUAGUGAGAUGUAGCCUUCGGUAGAGGACUUUAGUCUUCAUUACUGGUGAAGUCCUGUGCUGCUAACCAACUAUUUGGACUAGGGCCGGGAUAAGGCCGAAAGUGGCUGAAGAGAUGGGCUGUGUAGCAUUUGUCUGCUCUGCCAUGUAAUGUCCUUAAACUCAAAAGUCCUGAGUUGACUGAAUUUCUGUUCUUUUUUUAUUUUCAAAAGAAACAAUUGAGAUUGAAAACAUGUUAUGAAAAUGAGGAGUUGGCACAUGAGGUCUUAAAAAAACUUUAAUGUCACCAUUUUUAUUUCAAAAUAAACUGGAGUUCGUACACUAAACAGAGAUGGUCCAUGCAUCACCGUGUAAAUGGACUUAGAAUAUUUAUUUUCUAAAAUAUGGUAUAAAAGAAAUUUUCGUGAAGAUUCAUACUGGUAGCUGUUAUUUUUUAUUGAAUUUCUGACAUACACCUAAUCUCAAAAGCAUUAUAGAAUAAUAAAUGUUACAUUAAGAUUGGUUUGUACAAUGUAUAUACAAGACCCUAUGCGCUCAGACCGUGAUUAAAAAAAAAAAAAAAAUUUAAAAUGAUGUAUAUGUAACAGAUCAGUAUUGAUAUGUAAGAAGUAAUCUAUCAGAGUGUAAUAUAACAACACCAUGAAAUAAGGAGCCGCUGAUUGGGCAUUAUCAAAUACAAUACGGAAAGGGCGCUGUACUCUUCUGAUUUCAAAAGCUUUUCAUAAAUUGAGUGCCGACACGGCGUCUGAAAUUUGAAUGAAAUUGGGGUAGUUUUCAUUGUUUCUUGCUUUCUAUUGUGAGAACUUUAUUUUUUGCAAUGAUGAUUAAUUCAGUUUGUGCUAUUUCUGCCUAUCCGUAAUCAAGUAUCAGAUUUCUCCAAAAUAUCAGCUGUACAUUGUCCACUCUUAAUUUUAUUGUUUACAUGGUUACAAACUGUAUUGUGACGGUAGUCCCAUAUUUCAUUUUGAUCAGUUGUUCAUGGUUAGACAUUUUGUAGUGAUUCAAAAAGGGAUGGAUCUUUACCAAAGUAAAAAAAAAACAAACAAUGAAGGACUCUCCUAUGAGGAGUACUAGUGCUUUAGAGGCCCUUUGCACAUUGUGUUUGAAUGGCAGGAGUUAGAGGAGCAAGCAAGAGAGAGAAGGGAAUAGUUGCCAGGGAGAGAAUUAAACACAAGUGUCUAAUUUGGGUUGGAGGUUGGUGUCGUCCCUGGGGAGGCAUUGGAAAAAGUAUUCAAAGAUUGUAUUAUCCUAUUUAUUGUAUGUGUGAGUGUGUGUUAAUUCAGAGCCUGCUGCCAUCACUGACCCAUGGCAGCUGUCUGAAUUGUCUGAUAGCCUUGUGCACUCAACUCUACCUCUGUUUAGACAUGGUUUGUUGUUUCCUUUUCUCCCCUUCUCCCCCAGACUAUAUAUAUAUAUAUAUAUAUAUAUAUAUAUAUAUAUAUAUAUAUAUAUAUAUAUAUAUAUAUAUAUAUAUAAUUGCCCUAUCUGUCUAUCUCAGUCCCUCUCUUGUUUGUCGCUCUUCAAUUUCUUUUUAUUUCAUUUUUAGGAUUUACAAAUUAAUCUUUCCAAUUUGUCUUUGUACUAUUGGUGGUUUCCUGUGUUAACAUAAAGAGAACUGCUGUAAACUGUAUGUGAAUUCUCCUGUUAUUUUCCUUUUUUGAAUAUUGGUCAUAUGACUGGUAACAGUUAAUGAAUUAUUGUUGUUAUUGUUGAUUUUUUUUUUUUUUUUUAUGUUCUGUAGGUCAACCCCAUUAUCUGUGCGCAGUUUGCCAAAAGCUAAAGCGCUAUCUGUUUGGAUAUUCUCUUAGUUCAUCAUCAGUCUUUCUUUUUAGUGAGGUCUCUUCAACCUCAAGCGCCCCUGGGGCCAAUAGGUUUAAACGCUGCAUGCUGACUCUUCAACCAUGGUUUUUAAAUGAUGAUCCCAGUUCAGAAGCAAUGUUUAGGAACCUGCACAAGAAAAAUAAACUUUUAAAACUUGCAAUAAAAAACC